GCGUCCCCGCCCGCGCCGGCCCGCACCCCCUGCCGGCGGCCUCGAGCGCUCGCUCGUUGAUGCCGUUCUGGGGGUGACCCGGCGCGGCUCCGCGGUGGCGGGGCGCUAGACGACGCCAGCCCAGCGACGCGGGAGCGGGACAUGCUGGAGCUGCGGCACCGCGGGGGCUGCCCCGGCCCCGGGGGAGCGGGGGCGCCGCCACCCCGCGAGGGAGAGGCGGCCGGCGGUGACCACGAAACCGAGAGCACCAGCGACAAAGAAACAGAUAUUGAUGACAGGUAUGGAGAUCUCGAUGCCAGAGGAGAUUCCGACAUUCCUGAGGUCCCACCGUCCUCAGACAGAACCCCCGAGAUUCUCAAGAAAGCCCUGUCCGGACUGUCUUCAAGAUGGAAGAACUGGUGGAUUCGCGGGAUCCUCACCCUCACCAUGAUCUCCCUCUUCUUCCUGAUCAUCUACAUGGGGUCCUUCAUGCUGAUGCUUCUGGUUCUGGGCAUCCAAGUGAAGUGCUUCCAGGAGAUCAUCACCAUCGGGUACCGGGUCUAUCACUCCUAUGACCUCCCGUGGUUUAGGACACUAAGUUGGUACUUCCUCCUGUGUGUGAACUACUUCUUCUAUGGAGAGACGGUGGCAGAUUACUUCGCCACAUUUGUUCAGAGGGAGGAGCAGCUGCAGUUCCUCAUUCGCUACCACAGGUUCAUAUCGUUCGCCCUCUACCUGGCAGGUUUCUGCAUGUUUGUCCUGAGCUUGGUGAAGAAGCACUACCGACUACAGUUCUAUAUGUUCGCAUGGACGCACGUCACUUUACUGAUAACCGUCACUCAGUCACAUCUUGUCAUCCAAAAUCUGUUUGAAGGCAUGAUAUGGUUCCUUGUUCCCAUAUCAAGCGUCAUCUGCAAUGACAUCACAGCUUACCUUUUUGGAUUUUUUUUUGGAAGAACUCCUUUAAUUAAGCUGUCUCCUAAGAAGACCUGGGAAGGAUUCAUUGGCGGUUUCUUCUCCACAGUCAUAUUUGGAUUCAUUGCUGCCUAUGUGCUGUCCAAGUACCAGUACUUUGUGUGCCCGGUGGAAUACCGAAGCGAUGUCAACUCCUUCGUGACAGAGUGUGAGCCCUCAGAACUGUUCCAGCUUCAGAGUUACUCCCUCCCUCCAUUCCUACAGGCAGUGCUGAGCCGGGAGACUGUGAGCUUGUACCCCUUCCAGAUACACAGCAUCGCCCUGUCAACAUUUGCGUCACUGAUUGGCCCAUUUGGAGGCUUCUUCGCCAGUGGAUUCAAAAGAGCUUUCAAAAUCAAGGAUUUUGCAAAUACGAUUCCUGGCCAUGGCGGGAUAAUGGACAGGUUUGACUGUCAGUAUUUGAUGGCAACGUUCGUGCAUGUGUACAUCACCAGCUUCAUCAGGGGUCCGAAUCCCAGCAAAGUGCUCCAGCAGCUGUUAGUGCUUCAACCAGAACAGCAGUUAAAUAUCUACAGAACCCUGAAGAUUCAUCUCACCGAGAAAGGGAUCCUGCAGCCUGCCUUGAAGGUAUAGCUGCCCUGCGAGGAUGGACGGGCUGCUGAGGAGGAGCUCACAGACCAGCUCUGACUGGAGUCAUGCGCUGAGCCAGCCUGGGGCUAAAACUCAGUAGUAGAUGCAGACCUUGCAGAUAAGAGGUCUCUGAAUUUACAAUUACUGUGAAUAUUUAACAAACGCGUGGUCUAAGAUGAGUGCAGCAGUCGCCCACCAGUGGAAGAUCCUGUACUUUUCUAAGAUGUAUUUUCCAAAGUUAAGUUCUCUGCCCUCACUGGCCAGGUUCCAUGAUUUAGGUGGACUUGCAUUUUAAAGAGUCAAACACUAUCAACUGAGGCCCUCUUAGGGUGAUCUUUUGUGCGUGCACAUGCACACACACACAUUGACCUUUGCACUGAGAACUGCCCUGUCCUUGCUGGGUGCGCUGCAGGCACCUUGGGAAGCAAGGUCUUGGGGCUUCCUCCUCUAAUGAUCUCAAGCAUUUCUGAAGGGCUGAGUUAGAUUAAAAAGAAAGAAAAAGAGCGAUUGUCCACUUUUCUCUCUCUUUUUGUUUGCUUGUUCAUGGUACUGGGCUAGAACCCAGGGUCUGGUCCAUACCAGGCAGUUGCCCCACUACUGGGCUCCGCCUUAGCUGGAUCGCCUACUUUCAGAGUAGCAGUCAUCUGCCAAGUGGAAACACCCUUAAGGAAUUUCAAAAUCAGAAGGUAGGGGCUGCCGCUUAGACCACUGGUGAUUUGUUUAAAAAGAAGUUAUCAGAAUCCAUUCCUGAUGCAAAAGAGACUCAGAGUGGGUCCUGCAUGGGGAGCCCAGCACGAGGCUCCUCCACCAGAAACACCUCACCAUGGAUGGUAGGGAUGUGUGGUGUGGGGUGGCAGCUGAGCAGCUGCAGGCUGCCAGGGGACACAACACCUGGCAAGGGGAGAGUUUUCCCUAAAGACCCAGCUCCUGGCCAGCCCCCUGCUGGUAAUUAACCUCUGUCACUUUGUACUUACUGUCAUUAGAAUAAAAGUCGAGCAGAAACAUCAGCCAUGAAGCAGAAAAGCCUACAAAUGCCACGCCUUGUCCUUGUGCAGGUGGGGCAGGAGCCUGUGAGCCGGACUAGGGGAUCUCCUGUUGCUUUGUGUUCUCUGCAGCCAUACUUAACCAAAUGUCACGGUCACCCGCAGAGAUGACCUGGAGGGCGAGAAAUGGAGACACUGUAAAGGAUAAUUUGGUAAUGAAAAGAGUAAAUAUUUUGUUUAAGUUAGAAAUGAAUUUCAGUUAUCACCCAUUUCCUUCCCACUGUAGAUGCUCUGGGGUUCUGAGGAGCCCACAGCCAUCAAUAGCAGUCCUGAGAGCACCAUUGUUGGCCUCGAAGUGACUGGUGACCCCAGGCUACAUUUAGCCCACGUCCUCUGCAUACAAGCCAGUGGAUGCCUGGGGAGUACUGUCAUCUUAGGUGAUCCCUCUCAGUCAGCAGUGGGAGCUGAUGUCAGCGUCCCCUGCUGUUGUGUGUCUCCCGCCCCGCCCUGCCCCAGAUGUUGACCAUAAAUGAGUUGCAGGCACCAAAGAAACAGAGGGAAAGCCUUGUGAUAGGAGCAUGCCCAGGAAGGGACAGUGCAUGGCAGUCUGCAAAGGUAAAGGGUGAUUGAGGACAUGGUGGCUUCUCCUUACCCACCAUGCUCUUGUGGUGAGGGCUUGCAAGGCAGAAUUAUGAGAGCAUUACUUAAUACACGUAUUAAAAAUCAAUAUUCUUCUAAACACAAAGGAUGAAACCAGGACUAUCUGGGGUUUUACAGUAAAAGCUCUUCUCAAAUGAUUUUUUAGGGCUAGGUGUACAUUAUGCCAUAUAAAAACAAGCGAGUUCUUUAACAACAGCGCUCUAGAGAUGAACAUUUUAGCAUACUUUUUAUAGCGUGUACAUUAAAGUGGACUAUACUAUUGCAAACAAUCAUCAUGAGAGCCAGACUGAUCAGCGUUCCAUUUGCACUGGAAGAGGUGUCAUCCAAUGGAGUGAAGUGGUGGAUGAAUGGCAACCAGGAAGGCCCUCCACAGUGGAGACCUGUCAAUGGAAAAGCAACAUUUGAACUGCUGUAUGACCUGUUAGCCUUUGGGGCUGUGAUGUCUGAGAACCGGGGCGCUCUCCCAAGUUUUCCUUGUGGUUUCACAUAGACAGUUGCUAUCAGAGGUUAAAGGCUGCCCCCCCCCCCUUUGUCCCUUUGCACUUUGAACAAAGGUCAUGGCGACACCUGGUCUGAUGAGAAGAAAGGUCGAGACAGUGUAGAUAUACUGUACAGGGUGAGAGUUUAUGAUAUGUGUCUAUCAGCCCUCAACGCUGUGGAUAUAUAUACUGUACAGGGCAAGAGCUUAUGAUAUGUGUCAAUCAGUCCUCUGAAUCUUUUUACUGAAACUGGCAUAGAAAAAUAAAAAUCCAGUGGUAUUUUGA